CCCCCACACCAACCAACUCUCUCUCUCUCUCUCUCUCUCUCUACCCCCUUAUCUCAGUUCAUGGACAAAAGUGCAGAUACCCACUUCAACAAUGUUGACUUUCUAGCUACCAAAUUCAAUUUCAGUGACAAUCAAUCCGUGAAAGAGCCAUUGAUCCCGAGGUCGACUCUAUGGAAGAGUGAAACGAUGGAAGACGAGGUGGAUCGGAGCCAGCGCGGCUCCAUUCCCGCGGCGGCGGCGGUGGCGUCGGCAUCGGUCGCCAGACACAAAGAUGAUAGGGUGGUUAACGAGCUGAACUUCUUCGCCAUCGACAAGAGCUCGAGAGAAGAAGUGAGCUCCGCAAUCAAGAGCGAGAACGUGGAGGAGAGUCUAAAGGAGGAUAAGGAGAUGAAGCUCGAUGCGGGAUUGAAUCUUCUCACGGAGAAUAUUGGCAGCGACAAAUCGCUCGUCGAUGAGGAAGAAGCACGGGGCAAUGAACAUAGGUGCCUGAACUUAACUGAGUUAGCAGUCUUGAGAGAUGAACUACACAGGAUGAACAUGGAAAAUCAACGCCUGAAGAGCAUGAUUUACCAGGUCAACAGCAACUGCAACGCCUUACAAGUUCAUCUCCUUUCGUUAAUGCAAAGGCAUGGGGCGAAUCCUCACGCCAUGACCGCCGAUUAUGAAAAGAUGAUUGGAAGAACGUUGGAGGAUUGCGAGAAAUUAACUGGAAAGGAUGAGAACUCACAAUCCUUGUCGGGAGAUAAGUCGCGGGAUGGCUUGGGGUCGCCUCAAAACAAUAUAGUGGAGUCGAUGGAGUUCUUCAAGAAGCCGACAGAAAGCCCUGCUAAUGAAUUCGUGCCGUCUCAUGAUCCUGACAAAAAUGAACCUAUUGAUCAUAGACCGGGGAGGGAUGAUACCGCAUGGGCUCCUACUAAAGUGCAAAAUCUUAGUCCCUCCGCCGAUCAAGGGGCUGAAACCACGGCCAUGAUUAAGAAAGCCCGGGUAUCGGUUCGAGUGCGCUCCGAGGCAUCCAUGAUUGCAGACGGUUGUCAGUGGAGGAAGUAUGGGCAGAAGAUGGCGAAAGGAAACCCGUGCCCUCGAGCUUAUUAUCGCUGUUCUAUGGCAGUCGGCUGUCCAGUUCGCAAACAGGUACAAAGAUGUGCAGAAGACAAAACAAUCCUACUAACAACAUACGAAGGACAACACACCCACCCGCUCCCUCAAGCUGCAAUGGCCAUGGCAUCGACUACUUCAUCAGCUGCAUCGAUGAUUCUCUCGGGUUCGAUGGCGAGUUCAGAUGGAUUGAUUGCCAGCCCACAUUACAUCGCCGGGACAGCGUCAUUUCCUGGCUCGCUGCCGAGUCUGGCCACGCUCUCUGCGACCGCACCAUUUCCUACGGUCACAUUGGACCUCACACACACCACUCCCACGACUGAAACUAUUAGCAGCAACCCCAUGCUGCUCCAAAGGCCGUUGUUCUUCGGUUCAGCCAUGCAAAGACAAGUAGGUCACGCCUUGAACCAAUCCGAGCUUCUUCAAGUGGUGAGCAAUCAGAUGAAGCAAGCCCCGUACGAUAUGGUCGACACGGUCGGCACCGCGACGGCUGCCAUCACAGCAGACCCCAAUUUUGCUGCGGCUCUCGUGGCAGCUAUCGCCUCGGUUGUCGGCAGCGUUCGUCCGAACCAUGGCGGUGCUAGCGAGGAUGUGGUUACAAGAAGUUGCAUCAAUGAGAACACAUGAUAUAAAGGAAUAAUUCUGUGGGAAAGCCCCGUUUGGUCCUCUCUUGUUUUUGUUCUCGUGCAAGGUACUAUUUAUUUCGUGCAACGUUCAUAUUUCCCUUUCACUCGAAUUUGGAGAAACUCUAAAAAUUUUCUUAUUUUUCAAAGUUCUUGCUGCUGAUUUAGGCUAAUGAUAAAAGGAAUCGUGC